AUGGAAGAAGUUCUCGUUGUACCUGAUUGUUCUUCUGAGUUGAAGCCGGUAGUCGGUCUCAAGGAAGGCAGCAAGAAGUCUAACGGCGAUGACCAAUUGAAUGCACGGUCCGGUUUCUCUAUGAAACACAGGCGCUUAUCCAAGCGCUGUGGUUGUAAAGCAAGCAUUUCGUUCAAGUUCUUCUCCGAAGGAGGGGUUCCAGGUUAUACUAUUCAGGAGUUCAACGAGGUGCAUAACCAUUAUAUGGUUGAAUCAGAGCAUCAACAGUUUAUGUCACUUAAUCGACAGUUGGAAGAUGUACACCACCAAUUCAUCCUUGACUGUUCGAAGGCUAACAUAGGUCCUACUCUUACGUUUAAGGUGUUGAAGGAAAUUCUCGGUGGAUUUGGUCGUGUUGGUUGCAAUGUUGGGGAUAUCAGGAAUGAUUCUCGAGACAUCCAAGUAUACGCACAUGGGAUUGACGUACAAAUGGUGUUGGAUGAUAUGGCUAGGAAGAAGGAACUGUCCGACGCGUUCACAUAUGAGUAUGAAGUUAAUGAUAGUAACCAGUUGGUGGCCCUGUUUUGGUGUGAUGGUUUGAUGAAGAGGAAGUACCAUAUGUUUGGUGAUAUUGUGGCGCUUGACUCUACCUAUAACACAAACAGGUAUUGUAUGAUCUUCACACCAUUUACGGGAAAGGACAAUCAUGGGAGACCCGUCACUUUCGCUGCAGGGUUGGUGUGCAGCGAGAAAACAAGUGCUUUUGCUUGGCUAUUCAAACAUUUCGUUGAAUGCAUGAGUGUUGCUCCGAAGAUGAUCGUAACAGAUCAAGAUUUGGGUAUGAGGUCAGCGAUUGAAGAGAUUCUUGUCGGGACUCGCCACAGAUGGUGUAUGUGGCAUAUUAUGCAUAAGUUGUCUGUCAAGGUUCCGGGCAGGUUACUGAGGGACGAUGAUUUCAAGAAAGAAUUCAAUGCAUGUGUAUGGUCGGACCUUCUUGAACCCGAAGAAUUCGAGGAACAGUGGAAUGGAGUUGUGGAACGUUAUGGACUGGAAGACAUUAGUUGGUUCAACACGUUGUACGACUAUCGGCAAAUCUGGAUACCUGCGUAUUUCAGAGAUUUUCCACUUGGCUCCAUGAUCAGGACUACCUCGAUAUCUGAAUCGGAGAACAGCUUCUAUAAAAACCUUUUGAAGCCACACGCCAACAUUGCCGAAUUCUACUUGAAUUUCAACAAUGCUCUGGAAUUUCAGCGCAAUAGUAGAACAAAGCUUGACUACCAUGAUUCAACUGACCUGCCUAUCUUGGCCACUGCCUUGCCAUUUAAGAAACAUGCUUCGACGAUGUUCACAGACAGUAUGUUCAAGAAAAUACAAGAAGAAAUUGUUGAGGGUAAUGAUAGAUGCCGAGUGUUGGGCUUUUCUUCUACUGAUAUGGUGGACACCUACAAACUUGGAGACAGCCAGCGGAAUUCUUACUAUGUGAGACAAGACAAGAGUGACGAGUCCUACUCGUGCGAUUGCAAACUCUUUGGUAGGCAGGGAUAUCUGUGCAGCCAUAUAUUUUUUUUGUUCAGGAACAAUGAAGUGAAAAUAAUUCCGGAUAAAUACUGCUCAAGUAGAUGGAUGAAGACCCCGUUGGCCAAGGCUGUCCAUGGUCAUGUUGAUGACAGUUUACCCACCAUGUCCAUCGUUGAUGAAAGGCAAAGCGUCGCAAAGCAAGGGAUUACGCUGUUCUAUGGUUUUCUUCGUCGCUUUGAGCCGGACAUUGAUGUGCUUCGUGCAUUUGUAUGUGGACUGGAAGAACAUGGUAAUUCACUCCAAGAUGGAACUCCUACAACGUCAGCCUCUGAAAAGAGGAGAAUGAUUGAACAGUUUUAUGGAAUGGAACGGCCUGAAGUCAUAAAUGUCCAUCCUCCGGAUGUUGUGAAAACUAAGGGACACGCUAGCAGCUCAGCUAGCCGUCUGAUUUCGAAGAGAGAAAAGGCUGUAAAGGAGGCUAGUAGGCCUCUUAGACGUUGUAAGGCUUGUGAUGAGCUGGGACAUCAUGACUCUCGAAACUGUCCCAUGCUUAAAGAGAUGGAGAACGAGAAAGAGCUACGGAAGGGAAAGAGGAAAAGUUGA